AUGAGGCGAGCGCAUUACAUUGCCGGUCGGGCGACAGUCUGGUGGAGAGCACAUCGAAAGGAGGAUCCGCAGACGCUGCUUAUUAUCAAGGACUCAUGGCAAUACCCAGAUCGGGACGAAGAAGGCGAACUCCUCCGAGACGCGACCGAGAAAGGCGUUGCUAAUACGGUUCGCGUACAAGGUGCCAAUGAUGACAUCCAACAAAGCAUUCGAAGGGGCCUGGACGUUACGAAAGCUGCUAAUUAUCGACCGGGACGUGCGACGCUGCAGUCAAGCGCGAACGCGUCCGUUUCUCGCAACGAGCGAAGUAGCAGCGCUGGUGUGAAGCGACCGUCCAGCGAUACUGACGCCACUCUACCGCCGAUUAAGCGAUCACGUCCCGCAUCUCCAGCAAACGCAAGCCGCGAACGACCGUCAAACCGGGUGCACCGGCGAGUUAUUCUUCGAGACUAUGGAAAGCCAAUCUACAAGGCAAGCUCCCUCGUGGCUCUGCUUUCUGCGCUGGAAGACUGCGUCGAAGGACAUGAGUUGUUGUACAAUGCUGGUCUUCUUCACAGGGACAUCUCUAUCAACAACCUCAUGGUGAAUGAGGACGACAGGAACCCUUCCUGGCGAGCAUUUUUGAUUGACCUGGAUCUCGCCGUUAGAGAGCAACGGGAAGGCGCCUCAGGUGCAAAAGGGAAGACCGGUACGAGAGCAUUCAUGGCCAUUGGUGCACUUCUAGGGGAGCAGCAUUUGACGUAUUCGUUCCAACUCUCAUCCCUUCAACCCGUGAUUUCUCAACAACGAUAG